GGCCGCAUUUAGUUUGCUUCUGUCAUUGCAUUCGGGUAGGAAAUUCAGAAGAAACGAGAAUAAAGGAAUAAGAAACACCAAAAAACACAAGAAACCGAAACAACAAACAAACAUAAAGCUAGUAAAAUUAACAAAAAAAAAAGAAAGAAACCACAGCUUGCCUUUUUUUUUUCACGUUUAAGUGCAACCAAUAAGAAGAAACAGAAACGAGAAUAAAGGAGAAGAAGAAGCAGCAGCAGAGUGCUUAAUAAUUCUAACGUCUAUGCAACUAAAACAACCCCGUAAAAAUCAAAACCACCGAAAAAUCAACAUCAUCAAAAGCGGCAAAACUCACCAACUUUAACAAUAAAACUCAACAACAAGAUCAAACACAAUAAAACACAAUCCGCAACAUAUAAGAAACAAGAAGCAACCAACAAACAAAAAUAAAAAACUUUAAAAACGCCAAUAAUUAUUACAAAUUUAUUUUAAACAAGUGCUACCAAAACUAUUUCAACUUGUUUCAGUACAAAAUUUCAACAACAAUUUUUACCCCAACAAAAUUUCAACCUAAGAAAACAAUAUUUUUUCCAACUAAUUUCAGCUGCAAUAUUUUUUCAAAAAUUGUAACAAUAAUUUUCACAAUAACUCUAAACGUGUUACGACUUAGAGCUGCCACUGUCCUGCUUUCUCGCGUGUUUUCGUCCUAUUUUGCAUUGGUGUACAAGUGUUGUACUUUUUUUUUCAACAUAUAUUUUUGUUGUGUUACGUGUUCGUUCGUCCUUGCCACGUGCGAGUGUGUCCUGUGUGCGAGAAGAGGGAGUGCGCUAGUUUGUGUAUGCUAUGUCAGGGAUCGGGGGCAUUGAUUCGCUCCUCCAGGCGGCUAAAUUUCUCGAGCAGCAUGAGAAGCUCCCGCAGGCGGGAGUCGAUCGCGGCGUGGGCGUGGGCGCGGGCGUGGCCCUGUCCCAGAAUCAGCAGCAGCAACAACAAUCGUCGCUACACUGCAAGAGCAUCUCCAUUAUCAACAACAACAAUAGCAGUCAGCCCAAUAGAAAUAGCAGCAGUAACGGGAUUAUUGCAACGCCACCGUUCACGAACGGAAAUGGCAACGGGAUCGUCAGCAUCGGUAACGUGAACGUGAAUGUUAACGUCAAUGCGAACGGGAACGGGAACGGGAACGGGAACGGUCUGAGCAACGGUCACAGCAGUCCGCGCAGUCAAUUAGCCGCCGCUGCCCACGACUACGAGUUUACCGCCGUAAACGGCGCAGUCGCCAACGGACACAGCGAAGGUCGCUCCCUCAUCUCGGAGGAUGAUAAUUCCUCAAUCAACAAGAACAAGAACAGCAACAACAACAAUACCCACUCCCCACAACAACAGCAUAUUGCAGCGGGGAGAGCAACAACAACAACAACAAGAACAACAACGGGAGCAACAGCAACAACAAAGUUGAUGGAACAUUCAAACUCUCCACCUGCCACAAACUCCCCCACAACCACAACCCCCUUGAAUACCACCCCCACGCCCGCCUCCUCUGCCUUUAUGUUGCUGGCAGCAGCAGCAGCAACCACCACUGCAACGCCAGCAACGCCUGCAACUGCAACAAUUGCUGCUACUGCUACUGCAACUGCAACUGCAACUGUAACGGCAACCACUUCCAAUCCUGCCAAGCACAAAUUGCGAUGGGACGCCGACACACCGUCCAAAUAUCUAUUCUUGUCUUCCGCGACGUCGCCCACGAAUCUAAAUGGCGCCGCCCAGGAUUCCCUACUUUCGAGCAAGCACCACGGGGCAACGCUCAAUAAGAUCAUACAGAACAUGCAAAACCAGCAGCGACAGCAACUUCAGUUUCGUAGCUCGCGACCGGCGGACAUUUCCCUCACACCACCGCCGGCAGCCACGCGAAAAGUGGACACCAGCACAUCGCGGAUUCGCUCCUACUCACUGUCCAAUGCCUUUCCAGCACCCAGGGAUCAGCAGGAUCAUCAGCAUCACCAUGCCAAUCACCAUCUGCAGUUCCAGCAGCACCUCAGCUAUGUGAGGGGCGGAGGCAACACGGGUGCCGUUGUCUAUGGUGUGCCAGCGGAUUCAUUGGACUCAUCCGGAGCAUCAUCAGCGGGCGGAGCGGUGGCGAUGGCCCUGAACAUCGCCUCCUCGGCGCCAGCGGCGGGAUCUCAGCUGACGGCACAUCAGCAUCACACGGGACAUGGCGGACGCAGGCGCACCACCAGUUCCAACAGCAAUGGAGCGGGCACUCGGGAGGUGCACAAUAAGCUGGAAAAGGAGCGACGUGCCCAGUUAAAGGAGUGCUACGACCAACUCAAAAAGGAGCUGCCCAUGAAAGAUGAGGACCGAAAGAAGACCUCUAACUUGACAAUACUCGAGACGGCCCACAAAUAUGUCAAGCAAUUGACGCAGCGUGAUCGCGAGCAGGAGGCGGAGGUGGAGCGGCUGGCGAAGCAGAAGAUCGAGCUGCAGAAGCGGCUGAAGCGAUUGGGUUUGAGGAGGGAAACGCCGCCCACCGAUCAGCAGCAAAGCAUUCCACAGGCCGACAAAGCCGUUUGCCUGGCAACAACAACAACAGCAACAGCAACAUCAACAACCACACCAGCAGCAGCACCACCAACGGCGGUCAGUGGUCGCAAUGGAACCACGAUUCUAUUCGAUGCAGGCAACGCCUGUGCCACUGGGCAGCUAACAACUGUGAUAAACAAAACAAAUGCCAACCCAGCAGCAGGAGCAACCGCAGCCAGCAGCAAACACAAUGGCAACCACGCAGGAGCAGGAGGCGGUGCCACAACCACACUGACUCCGGCCAUGGGGAUAAUGACAAUUAAGAAUGGCAAUGGCAAUGUCAACGGCGUACUGGCAAUCUCACCAACGGCAAUCCAGCAGCAGCAACUGCAUCUCGGUAGCCCAGCGGGUAGUCCGCCAUCGGCAAUUGGAGCGACCACUGCUGGAGUUACAAUCAUACGUGGCUCGCCCACGCCAUCGACGCCGUCGCCGUCGCCGAGCUCCUCGUCCAGUGGCGUCUCAUCGUCGGCCUCGUUUAUGGGUAUCGGUGGUGGCUCCUCCUCAUCGUCCUCCUCCUCGUCAUCAUCCUCGUCGUCAUCCUCCUCCUCCUCCUCGUCGUCAUCAUCAUCCUCCACCUCGUCGUCCAGUUCGUCGUCGCCCACGCAACAACAACUACAACAACAACAGAUCACCACGCCCUCGACUACGACCACGGCUACCGCCCAUUUGGUAAGCGCCCGCAAUGUUGGCCUGAAAUUCCAUGGCGGUGCGGCUGGAGCGGCCACUGCUUUGAAUGGCGGUGCCACCAUCGUGGCCGCUGCUGUGCCAACUGGCGGUGGAUCAGCAAAUGGUUUCCAUCAGGCGGAUAAGGAUCGCAAUUACAAUUUCCUGAUGCUCAGUGCUGGAACAACCGCACAGUAAAUAAACAAACGAAAUAACAACAACAAAUAAACACUUACAACAAUAAUGUAAACAACAACAACAACUGAAUUGUGUGCAACAGCUCCCACCUUACAAAAAAAAAAAUUAACAACAACUAGAAGAAGGUUCUCUAAAAGAAAAACAACACUUUUUUCUUUAAGCAAGAUAAAAAAAAACAAAUAUUGCGUAUUUUUCACACUUUCGCACACAUUGAAACAACAACAACAAUA